AUGUCUUCGGAAAAGAUGCCCAGCGAGACGAAGGAUGGCGACGUCGACUCGCCCUAUGAGGGUGUUGCGAGCACGCACCUGACAAUCGACCCGGUGGCUGAGAAGAAGUUGGUGAGGAAACUGGACGGAUGGCUAUCUCCGAUGAUGAUUAUCUGCUUUCUGGUGGCGUACUUGGAUCGUAGCAACAUUGGAAAUGCAGCAAUUGCGGUGACCUACAUCGUCUUCGAAAUCCCGGCCUCCCUAAUCCUCAAGAAAGCCCGCCCGAGCCGACUCAUCCCCUUCUUCAUCCUCGCAUGGAGCGCAACCGUCGUGGGCUCCGCCUUCGUAACAAACUACGCCGGCCUCCUCGCCACAAGACUCCUCAUCGGCAUGUUCGAGUCCGGCCUUUUCCCCUGCUUGACGCUGUACCUGAGCACAUUCUACAAGCGCGAAGAACAAGCCCGCCGAAUCUCGUACCUGUUCGUCGCCGCCGCGCUCUCCGGCGCCUUCGGCGGUCUCCUGGCCUACGGUCUGACCAGCCUUCACGGCGCGAGCGGUCUGGCCGGUUGGAGGUGGCUCUUCCUCAUCGAGGGGGUCAUUUCCCUCGCCGUUGGCCUUGCCGUCAUUCUGCUUCUUCCCGAUAGUUUCGAGUCGGCGAAGUGGCUCACCGAAGACGACAAGGCUCUCAUGCGCAUCCGCGCCGAGCAGGCUAGGGUCUACCAGGGCGAGUCCGAGACCUUCGACAAGGCGGAGGUGAAGCUCGCGUUCCAGGACCCCAAGGUGUGGCUCUCUGCGGGAUGCCAGUUCUGCGCGAACACGUGCUCGUUCGGUUUCGGUACCUUCUUGCCCGUGAUCAUCAGGGGGUUCGGGUAUAGCAGCAUCAAGACUCAGCUCCUUACCGUUCCCGUGUACAUCUGGGCAUCGGCGGUUUACCUCACUAUUGCCUACAUCUCGGACAAGAUCAACAAGCGCGCCGUCUUCAUGGUGCCUAUGGCUCUGGUAACUGCGACGGGAUACGCCCUGAUGCUGGGUGUUAGUAUGAAGGCUACGAGCGUGCAAUACUUCGCGACCUUCGUCACAGCUACGGGUAUCUACUGCGUCGUCGGUCUCAACGUCACCUGGGUCAGCAAUAGCAACGCUGGUUACUUCAAGCGCGCAACGGCUAUCGGUCUCCAGCAGACGAUCGGUAACAGUGCCGGUCUCAUGGCUGGACAGAUUUACCGCAUCACGGCUUCUGACGGGAGGUACACGAUUGGCCAUGCUGUGUCGCUAGGCACCAUCACGGUUGCGUCGGUUGGAUACUUCACAAUGUGGACUAUCCUGAACAGGAUCAACAACAGGAGAGAGAACAUGAGCAUCGAUGAGAGGUCGCGCGAAAUCGAUCAGGGCAAGAAGGGAGAUAGACACCCCGACUUCCGCUACACUCUGUAG